GUGCGCGCGCAGUGCAAGUCGCCCCUGCCCCUGCUCCCCGGCCUCCUCUACCUCACACCGGACGCGACGUCGCGGCCGUGCCACUGGCGCGCGCGCGCGCCGAUGUCGCCGCCGUCUUCCUCGCUCUACUCCCCCGGCCGGCUCCGCCCGGCGCCCGCGGCCACGGUGGGGAGGUGGGCGCGCGUGUCGUGCUCGCUGCCCAUGAACGGCUACGCGCCGGGCGCCGGGGACCGCGGCGCGGUGCGCGUGCGCGAGGCGCGGGCGCUGCCGGCAGCGGCCGCGCCGCAGGACGCCGUGGGCCAGCUCAGGGCCGCCGUGGGCGCGCUCGCAGCCGGUGCGCUGCCGCCCGCGCCCUCCGGCAUCAUCCGCAUCGAGGUGCCCGUCAGGCAGCGGGUGGACGCCGUCGAGUGGCUGCACGCGCAGAGCGCGCUGCCGCGCUGCUUCUUCUCGGCGCGGGCGCCGUCGCCCGGCACGCCCGCCCUCGCCGCCGGCAACGGCAACGGCGGCCUGGGCGGUCGGCGGAAGGAGCCGGUGAGCGUCGCGGGCGUGGGCUCGGCGGUCUUCUUCCGCGGGACCGACCCCUUCUCCCUCGCUGAUUGGCGCGCAAUCAAGAGGUUUCUUUCAAAGGACUGUCCACUGAUUCGUGCAUAUGGCGCCAUCCGUUUCGACGCAACGAGCGAUGUUUCGGUUGAAUGGGAGGACUAUGGCUCAUUUUACUUCAUUAUUCCUCAAGUUGAGUUCAAUGAGCUUGAGGAGAGCUCGGUCCUUGCGACGACCAUCGCAUGGGACGAUUCGCUUUCUUGGACAUGGAAAAACGCUGUGGACGAUCUCCAAUCAUUGUUGCAGAAGAUAUCACCUUGUUCUGUAGAAGUAAACACGUCCAGCCUGCACACAACCAUCAUGAGUCUAAAUCAUGUCCCAACCAAGGCAUCUUGGGAUCUUGCAGUUACUAAAGCUCUUCAGAUGAUCAAAGAGAGGGAAAGAGAGUUGGUAAAGGUUGUACUGGCAAGGUGUAGCAGAUACAUUACUGAUACUUGUAUUGAUCCUGUGGAACUGCUAGCUUGCUUGAAGGUCGAGGGCCAAAAUGCUUAUCAAUUCUGCAUACAGCCAUCAGAUGCUCCUGCGUUUGUUGGAAAUAGUCCAGAGCAACUAUUUCACCGGAAAUACUUGAACAUUUCCAGUGAGGCUUUAGCUGGUACUCGAGCAAGGGGAAAAACAAGAGCGGAUGACUUUCAAAUCGGUCAGGAUUUACUUCUAAGUAGCAAAGAGGAUAUUGAAUUUACUAUAGUGCGGGACAGCAUAAAGAAGAAGCUGGAGAUGGUAUGUGAUGAGGUGGUUGUCUAUCCCAGCAAGGCUCUUCGGAAACUUCCAAGAGUACAGCAUUUGUCAGCACAGUUAGCUGCGAGAAUAAGGAACGAAGAUGACGAGUUUGAGAUUCUAAAUACUCUUCAUCCAAGUCCAGCUGUUUGUGGUUUACCCACUGAAGAGGCACGCCAUUUUAUACGAGAUUAUGAAAUUUUUGACCGUGGAAUGUAUGCUGGUCCUGUUGGUUGGUUUGGAGGAGCUGAAAGUGAGUUUGCUGUCGGGAUUAGGUCAGCGUUGCUCGGAAAAGGUCACAGCACUUUAGUGUACGCCGGUGCAGGGAUCGUUGAAGGUACAAAUCCAUCUUUUGAAUGGGAUGAACUUGAUCUCAAAGCAUCUCAGUUUGCAAAGUUGUUGCAGUACCAAGAACAACAUAUUCGCUACCAAGAAGCUGAAAAUAUGGGAACAGUGAUAUGAAUAGAGAAGUAGUAACUAGUAAGUCAUCACAAAGUUCAGCAUCCAUUUUAGCUAGUUAUUGCACACUUACUUGUUUGAUAGUAAACUAGAAGGAAUUCAAUUGAAAUUGUGUAAUUAUGGAAUUCAGAACAGCAGUAGUGCUGAAAAUACAUUGAUUUAAUUAGCACGUGAAUGUAACAGAAUAUAUUUAUAGCAUAAACUUCCUGUCAAUUGAAACAUCCCAAAUUACUC